UUAAAAAUAAAAAUGUCUGCUGAGGAUAAAAUUUGUGAAAAUAUAUUUAAAUAUAUCGAAUCAAACAAAAAUUUAUGGAUUGAACGUUUACGUGAGGCUGUUGCAAUUCCAAGUGUUUCUGCAACUGCUGAACACCGACAGGAUGUCUUUAAAAUGAUUGAAUGGACUGAAAAAAUGAUGACAAAACUUGGAAUUUCUUGUAAACAAAUAGAAAACAGUACCCAAACAUUGCCUGACGGAACAACAAUUCCCCUUCCUCCAGUUCUUUUUGGGACUUUGGGGAAGGACAAAAAUAAGAAGACUUUGCUUAUUUAUGGACAUUUGGAUGUUCAACCAGCCAAUUUUGAUGACGGAUGGAAUACCGAACCUUUUAAAUUAACCGAAAUUGAUGGGAAAUUAUUUGGACGAGGUUCUACAGACGAUAAGGGUCCAGUACUUGGAUGGCUUAAUGUUAUUGAAAGUUUACAAAAAUUGGGAAUUGAAAUUCCGAUUAAUUUAAAAUUUUGUUUUGAAGGAAUGGAGGAAAGUGGCUCUUUGGGAUUAGACACAAUUUUAAAUAAAUAUAAAAAAGAAUUUUUGGAAGAUGUUGACUUUACUUGUAUUUCUGAUAAUUAUUGGCUUGGAAAGGAAAAACCUUGUAUUACUUAUGGACUUAGAGGAAUCUGUUCCUAUCAAGUAGAGGUUACUUCUCCAAAACAAGAUUUACAUUCUGGGACUUAUGGAGGGGCAAUACACGAACCAAUGAUUGAUCUUUGCUGGAUUUUGAGUCAAUUAACUGACAAUAAUGGCAAUAUUCUUAUAAGUGGAUUGGAUAAAAUGGUGGCAGAAUUGACAAAAGAAGAGUCUGAGCUUUAUGACAAGAUUACAUCAUUUGACAUGGAGGCAUUUCAAAAGGAUAUUGGAGUUGGCAAGUUAACUUCAACAAAUCCAAAAGAAAUUUUAAUGCGUAGAUGGCGUCAACCUUCACUUUCUGUUCACGGUAUUGAGGGGGCUUUUUAUGGGAAAGGAACAAAAACUGUUAUACCAGCUAAAGUUAUUGGAAAAUUCAGCAUUCGACUCGUGCCAGAUAUGUUUCCAGCCGAAGUAGAUAAAGUUGUGAUUGCUCAUUUGACUAAAAUCUUUGCUGAAAGAAAUACUGCCAACAAAAUUAGAGUAAUUCCUAGCGGCGGUGCUUUGGCUUGGUUGGGUGAUUUUAGACAUGCACAUUAUAAAGCUGGGGCUAAUGCUGUUAAAAAAGGUUUUUUGAAAAGUGAUUUUUUUAUUUCUGAUUUUUUUAAAGUUUAUGGAGUUGAGCCUGAUUUUACUAGAGAAGGUGGAAGUAUUCCUGUUACUUUGACAUUCCAAAAUAUUACUGGAAAGAAUGUUAUGCUUUUGCCUAUGGGACGUUCUGAUGAUAUGGCACAUUCACAGAAUGAAAAAUUGGAUGUCUACAAUUACAUAAAUGGAAUGAAAAUGUUUGCGGCUUAUUUCUUUGAAUGCGCGAAGAUUUAAAUAAAUAAAUUAUUUUAAAUUAUAGAAGAUAUUUUUAAAGACUAAAAGUAUAUUUUUAAUUUAAUUUCGUGUAGACUACUUAUCAAUUUUCAAAUGGAUUGUACAAAUUACAAAUUGGAAAUGAAUAUUUGUACUAUUUUUAUACCAACAAAACAUUGGAGAAUCUCUUGCAGGUUCUUUAGAAAAUAUAAUCCAUAAUUUACACAACCAAUUUGGUAACCUAUCAUCCUACAUCUGAAAAUAAUAAAAUACCGUUUAAGAAUCUUAAAAAUGCUCAUUUUAAAGCUAAUCCAUCUGC